GCUAGGCAAGUGGAGGAUCCAGGGCUCCUAGCAAGCAGGCUCCAACACCUACUGACUGCUCUCUCUCUCUCUCUGUCUCUCUCUCUCUCUCUCUCUCUGUCUCUGUUUCUCUUUCUCUCUCUCUCUUUCUCUCUCUCUCUUUCUCUCUCUCUCUUUCUCUCUCUCUCUUUCUCUCUCUCUCUCUCUUUCUCUCUCUCUCACUCUCUCUCUGCUCUACUUUGUGCUCAACCGGCCAGAUAGACAUCACACACACACACACACACACACACAGAGGCACGCGUGGGGACAGGGAUCAUCCCUGAUCCACAACAACCAUGCAGCGCAUAUUGAAUGGACAUCACAUUGCAGAGAUGUCUGAAACCCGACCGGGACUACUGACUGUGUGAGGAAUAACAUUCUUCACAGGAGGAUACCAUUCUGACCAGACCAGGAGAGACAGAGAGAAGGAGAGAGAGAGAGAGAGAUAAAGCCCUUGAAUUGAAUUGAAGUGAAUUGAAUUGAGAGAGAGAGAGAGAGAGAAGAAGAAACUGAACGAGUGAGAAGAAAAAUAAGAUAUUUGGGAUGGUGGCAGCGUUCCAACAUUCCCACCUCCGUUCCAGACGUUCCUCCCUACUCCUGGUCUCUUUGGGAAGCACAAACGGAACCAAAGAACCCGAACUUUCCUCACUCCUCUACCUGCGUGGAAGUUAAUCCAUCCCAUUCCCUCUAUCCCCUUCUCCCCCCCUCUCUCAACUCCGUCCAUCCCAUUCCCUCUAUCCCCUUCUUCCCACCUCACUCACUCACCUCCAUCCAUCCCAUUCCCUCUAUCCCCUUCUCCCCCCCUCUCACCUCAUCCAUCCCAUUCCCUCUAUCCCCUUCUCCCCCCCUCUCACCUCAUCCAUCCCAUUCCCUCUAUCCCCUUCUUCCCCCUCUCUCACCUCCAUCCAUCCCAUUCCCUCUAUCCCCUUCUCCCCCUCUCUCACCUCCGUCCAUCCCAUUCCCUCUAUCCCCUUCUUCCCCCUCUCUCACCUCAUCCAUCCCAUUCCCUCUAUCCCCUUCUCCCCCCCUCUCUCACCUCAUCCAUCCCAUUCCUUCUAUCCCCUUCUCCCCCCCUCUCUCACCUCAUCCAUCCCAUUCCCUCAAUCCAUUAUGCACUCGUCCACCUCCAUUACGUCCCUCUUCUCCUUCACCAGUCCAGCGGUGAAGAGGCUGCUGGGAUGGAAACAGGGCGAUGAAGAGGAGAAGUGGGCGGAGAAGGCUGUGGACUCCCUGGUGAAGAAAGUAAAGAAGAAGAAAGGAGCGAUGGAGGAGCUGGAGAGAGCUCUCAGUUGCCCCGGAAAACCCAGUAAGUGUGUGACGAUCCCUCGGUCUCUGGACGGUCGUCUCCAGGUAUCCCAUCGUAAAGGUCUCCCCCACGUCAUCUACUGCAGAGUGUGGAGGUGGCCCGACCUACAGUCUCAUCAUGAACUCAAGGCCUUGGAGUGCUGCCAAUUCGCCUUCGGAUCCAAACAGAAAGACAUCUGUAUCAACCCCUACCACUACAGACGGGUAGAGACACCAGUGCUUCCCCCAGUGUUGGUCCCCCGCCACAGUGAGUUUAACCAACACAGUCUACUGGCUAAGUUCCGGAACGCCUCUCUCCACCACGAGCCACUGCUGCCACAGAACGCCACCUACCCAGACUCCUUCCUUCCUGUCCUAUGCCCCUCCUCCUCCCUUCCUGUCCUAUGCCCCUCCUCCUCCGUCAACCAGCCCCCAACCCCCCGCAGCUACCCUAACUCCCCCAGGAGAACAGCAGUGCCAGCCAGCCCGUACCACAUCACAGCUCAGAGACCCCCUCCCCCCUAUAACAUGAUGGAGACGGCCCCAACAGAGGACGUCAAACCCGGAGACCCCUCUAAUACACACAAGCUCACCUUCUCAGCUCCACACAGAGACCUGCGGCCUGUGUGUUAUGAGGAGCCAGAGUACUGGUGUUCAGUGGCGUACUACGAGCUGAACAACCGUGUCAGAGAGACGUUCCACGCCUCGUCCCGUAGCGUCCUGGUGGACGGCUUCACCGACCCCUCCAACAACAACAACCGCUUCUGUCUCGGCCUGCUGUCUAACGUCAACCGUAACUCAACCAUCGAACACACACGCAGGCACAUAGGAAAAGGUGUCCAUCUCUACUACGUGGGUGGUGAGGUGUAUGCCGAGUGUCUGAGUGACAGCAGUAUCUUCGUCCAGAGUCGUAACUGUAACUAUCAGCAUGGUUUCCAUGCCACCACCGUGUGUAAGAUCCCCAGCGGCUGUAGUCUAAAGAUCUUCAACAACCAGCUGUUCGCCGAGCUCCUCUCUCAGUCCGUCAACCACGGCUUCGAGGUGGUCUACGAACUCACCAAGAUGUGUACUAUACGCAUGAGCUUCGUCAAGGGCUGGGGUGCAGAGUACCACCGCCAGGACGUCACCAGCACCCCCUGCUGGAUAGAGGUGCACCUGCACGGCCCUCUGCAAUGGCUGGACAAGGUCCUCACACAGAUGGGCUCUCCCCACAGCCCCAUCUCCUCUGUGUCCUAACACACACACACACAACCCCAUCUCCUCUGUGUCCUAACACACACACACAACCCCAUCUCCGUGUCCUAACACACAUCUCCAUGUGUCUCUGUGCUUAUCUCCAUUGAUGCUAUUGGAAAUAGCCUUACUGGAAACAACCAUCAGUUCUGAAUUAAACGACAUUAUGUUUCAGUUCAUGGCAGGUAAUCACACGUAGGUUGAACUAGGAACAACGCUUCACACACACACACGGUAUGGUUGUAGCUACUAGUGUCGUAACCAUGGUUUGAAUGGUCCUUCAGACAGCCUUUACUGUGAGCUACAAGGCAGCAUUCAACCACACGUAGCCGCUUAAAUAAACCUUUAACUGCACUCACAGACAAGGAAUGUGUCCCCAAUGGUACCCUGUUACAUUUACAGGGCACAGGAGUCCUGUAGAGCCCUAUUGGAGCCCUGUAGAGCCCUAUGGGAGUCCUGUAGAGCCCUAUUGGAGUCCUGUAGAGCCCUAUUGGAGUCCUGUAGAGCCCUAUUGGAUCCCUUUUGGAGCCCUGUAGAGCCCUAUGGGAGUCCUGUAGAGCCCUAUUGGAGUCCUGUAGAGCCCUAUGGGAGUCCUGUAGAGCCCUAUGGGAGUCCUGUAGAGCCCUAUGGGAUCCCUAUGGGAGUCCUGUAGAGCCCUAUGGGAGUCCUGUAGAGCCCUAUGGGAGUCCUGUAGAGCCCUAUGGGAGUCCUGUAGAGCCCUAUUGGAUCCCUAUGGGAGUCCUGUAGAGCCCUAUUGGAGUCCUGUAGAGCCCUAUGGGAUCCCUAUUGGAGUCCUGUAGAGCCCUAUGGGAGUCCUGUAGAGUCCUGUAGAGCCCUAUGGGAUCCCUAUUGGAGUUGGUUGAAGUGUACCUAUGAUGAAAAUUACAGGCCUCUCUCAUCUUUUGAAGUGGCAGAAUUUGCACAAUUGGUGGCUGACUAAAUACUUUUUUGCCCCACUGUACAUUUACAGCAAAUACUAAUCCAGAUUUAAACGUCCACUACGAUGUUUUAUACGAAAAACAUAUUUACUUCAUGUUUACUAAUGUUUAAUGGUUUCUUUACUUCAUGUUUACCAAUGUCUAAUGGUUUCUUUACUUCAUGUUUACCAAUGUCUAAUGGUUUCUUUACUUCAUGUUUACCAAUGUCUAAUGGUUUCUUUACUUCAUGUUUACCAAUGUCUAAUGGUUUCUUUACUUCAUGUUUACCAACGUCUAAUGGUUUCUUUACUUCAUGUUUACCAAUGUCUAAUGGUUUCUUUACUUCAUGUUUACCAAUGUCUAAUGGUUUCUUUACUUCAUGUUUACCAAUGUCUAAUGGUUUCUUUACUUCAUGUUUACCAAUGUCUAAUGGUUUCUUUACUUCAUGUUUACCAAUGUCUAAUGGUUUCUUUACUUCAUGUUUACCAAUGUCUAAUGGUUUCUUUACUUCAUGUUUACCAAUGUCUAAUGGUUUCUUUACUUCAUGUUUACCAAUGUCUAAUGGUUUCUUUACUUCAUGUUUACUAAUGUCUAAUGGUUUCUUUACUUCAUGUUUACCAAUGUCUAAUGGUUUCUUUACUUCAUGUUUACCAAUGUCUAAUGGUUUCUUUACUUCAUGUUUACCAAUGUCUAAUGGUUUCUUUACUUCAUGUUUACUAAUGUCUAAUGGUUUCUUUACUUCAUGUUUACCAAUGUCUAAUGGUUUCUUUACUUCAUGUUUACCAAUGUCUAAUGGUUUCUUUACUUCAUGUUUACCAAUGUCUAAUGGUUUCUUUACUUCAUGUUUACUAAUGUCUAAUGGUUUCUUUACUUCAUGUUUACCAAUGUCUAAUGGUUUCUUUACUUCAUGUUUACUAAUGUCUAAUGGCAUUCGUUUUGCUUAUUUCAUUAAAGCUUUUUCCUUAGCAUUUAAAGCUUUUUCCUUAGCAUGUAAAGCUUUUUCCUUAGCAUGUAAAGUAGUAUUUAUUUUAUGUAUAUUUAUCAUACACUGGUGAACUAUUCUCAUAAGCCCUUAUACUAGUGUUCUCUGUGAAUAAGGCCCGGAGUCAAGUCCAUUGACAUUUAAAGGUAAUUUCCUAUUGAGCUGACAUAAAGUGUUUACAAUGAAUGGGAUCUCUGCAUAUGCGGGCACAUCACCUUUAAAAGGGACCAUUGUAAACGUGCAAUAGGCUUGAAUCCCGGCCUAGAUUCUAGUUGUUGUACUGGUGAUUCUUACGAAACAUAGUGAACACUAGAAAACGCUCUCGAUAUGUUUAAUGGAUUUCAUAGACAGGAGGACCAUCACAUUCAUCAUUAUUCUCAUUUGAUGUUUACAUACACCUUAGUUUACAUACACCUUAGUUUACAUACACCUUAGUUUACAUACACCUUAGUUUACAUACACCUUAGUUUACAUACACCUUAGUUUACAUACACCUUAGUUUACAUACACCUUAGUUUACAUACACCUUAGUUUACAUACACCUUAGCCAAAUACAUUUAAACUCAGUUUUUCACAAUUCCUUAACUUUAAUCCGAGUAAAAAAUUCCCUGUCUUAGAUCAGUUAGGAUCACCACUUUAUUUUAAGAAUGUGAAAUGUCAGAAUAAUAGUAGAGAGAAGGAUUUAUUUCAGCUCUUAAUUUCUUUCAUCACAUUCCCAGUGGGUCAGAAGUUUACAUACACUCAAUUAGUAUUUGGUAGCAUUGCCUUUACAUUGUUUAACUUGGGUCAAACUUUUCGGCUAGCCUUCCACAAGCUUCCCACAAUAAGUUGGGUGAAUUUUGGCCCAUUCCUCCUGACAGAGCUGGUGUAACUGAGUCAGGUUUGUAGGCCUCCUUGCUCGCACACGCUUUUUCAGUUCUGCCCACAAAUGUUCUAUAGGAUUGAGGUCAGGGCUUUGUGAUGCCACUCCAAUACCUUGACUUUGUUGUCCUUAAGCCAUUUUGCCCCAACUUUGGAAGUAUGCUUGGGGUCAUUGUACAUUUGGAAGACUCACUUGCGACCAAGCUUUAACUUCCUGACUGAUGUUGCUUCAAUAUAUCCACAUCAUUUUCCUACCUCAUGAUGCCAUCUAUUUUGUGAAGUGCACCAGUCCCUCCUGCAGCAAAGCACCACCACAACAUGAUGCUGCCACCCCCGUGCUUCACGGUUGGAAUGGUGUUCUACAGCUUGCACGCCUCUCCCUUUUUCCUCCAAACAUAACGAUGGUUAUUAUGGCCAAACAGUUCUAUUUUUGUUUCAUCAGACCAGAGGACAUUUCUCCAAAAAGUACGAUCUUUGUCCCCAUGUGCAGUUGCAAACCGUAGUCUGGCUUUUUUAUGGUGGUUUUGGAGCAGUGGCUUCUUCCUUGUUGAGCGUCCUUUCAGGUUAUGUCGAUAUAGGACUCGUUUUACUGUGGAUAUAGAUACUUUUGUACCUGUUUCCUCCAGCAUCUUCACAAGGUCCUUUGCUGUUGUUCUGGGAUUGAUUUGCACCAGAGUACAUUCAUCUCUAGGAGACAGAACGCGUCUCCUUCCUGAGUGGUAUGACGGCUGCGUGGUCCCAUGGUGUUUAUACUUGUGUACUAUUGUUGGUACAGAUGAACGUGGUAACUUCAGGCGUUUGGAAAUUUGCUCCCAAGGAUGAAUCAGACUUGUGGAGGUCUACAAUUAUUUUUCUGAGGUCUUGGCUGAUUCCUUUUGAUUUUCCCAUGAUGUCAAGCAAAGAGGCACUGAGUUUGAAGGUAGGCCUUGAAAUACAUCCACAGGUACACCUCCAAUUGACUCAAAUGAUGUCAGUUAGCCUAUCAGAAGCUUAUAAAGCCAUGACAUUUUUCUGGAAAUUUCGAAGCUGUUUAAAGGCACAGUCAACUUAGUGUAUGUAAACUUCUGACCCACUGGAAUUGUGAUACAGUGAAAUAAUCUGUCUGUAAAUAAUUGUUGGAAAAAUGACUUGUCAUGCACGAACCGACUUGCCAAAACUACAGUUUGUUAACAAGAGAUCUGUGGAGUGGUUGAACAACGAGUUUUAAUGUCUCCAACCUAGGUGUAUGUAAAUUUCAGACUUCAGCUCUAUCAGGGUAACCAGGCAACCCUGGUUCCUGGGGUACCACAGGCCCUUCCUGUUCACGAUUUAAAUCGAUCUGGAAGACCAGGUGUGUUGAAUUAAAGGCAAUCGCUGAACUGAUCAAUUAGCUCAGUUGGUCAGGUGUUGUGCCUAGUUUGGACACAAAAAUCCAGGAACAGGGUUACCUAUAGAUGACUAAUAGGUUGAAGUUUCCCCCAAUAAUCACUGAUUCCAAGGGCAGAUAUGUUUCUGUCCCCAAAAGCCUCAUUUCUGAAGAACGCAGAAUAAUAUUUACUCACGUAGCACAAAAAAUAUGCCACCGUGGGCAGCCCCCCCAAUUUGUUUUAACAAGGCAGGAUGACAAUUUUGUGUAGCCGGUUGAUAAGAUGCAUUCUUGCGUAGGGUAUACAUCAGGGUUGGGGUCAAUUCCAGUCAAUUCAGAAAGUAAACCUAAUUUAAAUUCCAAACUUUCCUCAUUAAAAAGUAUUGAAGAGAAUUGUAAUGAAUCACCCCGACCCCCUGGUAUAUCAUGGCAUAAAUGAUCAAUAUUAGUAUUAUGGAUAGGUCAUCUGAUCCUAGGUCUGUGGUACAACUUCUACCCCAAGAUACAGAAUACACACAUCACAACAGAUUGUAGAGUUAAAAACACACGGUGGCAAUGAGGUCAGGUGGAGUCCUCGUCUCUCAAAAGGCGAAAUCGCCACGCUAUCUGGCGUAACACAACGACACAGUAGCUCUCGAGUUUUAGUACCUUCUAGAAACCAUGCUAUGGUGUGCAUGAACACACACACGUAACCGCACGCUAAGAAGCAUGA